ACGCUUUCGUGUCUACAAAGCAAAGCAAAAAAAAAAACUUCGACAUAACUUCGUAUAAAUUAGCUGUAGCCUAUCACAUUUAAAAACUAAAUAGUGUCGCAUGGCUAAAAAAAUAGUCAGUUGCAAUCGGGCAGUCAAACUUGAAGGAAUUCAUAAAAAAAAACAAAAAAAAAAUUAUUGAAUAACGGACUGAUUAGAAAAUUAACGUGUUCAUUAUUUUACAAAACACUUGCGAUAAAUAUGUAACAAUUGAACAAACAAAAAAAAAUAUGCAAAAAAAAAAUUUUUUUUUAAAUUGUAUCAUGAAGGAGGUCUAAUGAGCUCAUAAUAAAUUUUGAAAAAAAAAAACAAAUAUUAUUUAGUAAACAUUCUCUUUUAUUGUGCCUCAUUAGCAACUUGAAUUGAAUAAACAUUUGAAAAAAAAAAAGAAAAUAAAAUACCGAAAAAACAUGUUUCUCUCAACACCAAUGCAAUAUUUUGGCAAAACUGUCGCUGCAAUUCCGACUCGUUUCAACGUUGCUUUCAUGCUUUUCAACUCCUGUUUAGUGGCGUACAUGAUGAGAGUUCUCUUGAGCAUCAGUAUUUUAGCGAUGGUUGAGCCAAAUGUCAUCAUUGAAAACAACAGCGAAAAUGACACAACAAAAAGUGCAUCAUUAGUCGAAGCAGUUCCUGAUUAUGGGCCUCGUUACAAUUGGUCUCCUUAUGAAGAAAGUCUCGUUUUGGGUUCCUUCUUUUACGGUUAUCUAUGCACACAAUUGCUCGGAGGAAUGUUAGCCGAAGCGUUCGGCGGGAGAAUAAUCAUUUUCUUGUCGUUAUUCUUCAGUGCGAUGUUCACAGGAUUGUCUCCUUUGAUGGCGGAUUUCGGAAUUUGGUAUUUUGUUGCUACUCGAGUUGCUAUCGGAAUUGCUUGUGGAAUUCUAUAUCCAGCAAUUCAUUGCGUUGUUGCUCUUUGGUCUCCUGUCGAAGAAAAAGGAAAAUUUGUUGCUUGUUUGUUGGGCGGCGCACUCGGAACAGUAAUUACAUGGUCAAUGGUUGGUUAUAUCAUCGAAACCUUCGGAUGGAUAUGGUCUUUUUACAUUCCAGCAGUUAUUACAGCUGUUUUUGCCUUCAUUUGGCUGUAUUUAGUAUCAGAUUCUCCGCAAAAUCAUCCUCGCAUUAGCGAUAACGAACGGAUGUUCAUUCAAAAGUCACAAGAAGGACGAGUUUCAAACAAAAAAGCUUGGAUGCCCGUAAAACAUGUUCUUACGUCGAUUCCUUUUUGGGCACUCAUCAUUUUACACUUUGGCAACAAUUGGGGAUUGUAUUUUCUGUUGACAGCUGCGCCUAAAUUCAUGAGCGAAGUACUUGGCUUUAAACUUUCAAAAGCUGGAUAUCUCGCAGCGUUGCCUUACCUUGCGCGAUUAUUGUCUGGAUUUGUUUUUGGUUCUGUUGGAGAUUAUGUACGAAGCAAAAAAAUUAUGUCAGUUACAGCAAAUCGCAAAUUUUUCGUCAUUUUUUCACAUAUCAUUCCGGGACUCUUUUUGACGGGACUUUGCUUUGUUCAAGGAUAUCCGUAUGUUGCUGUGACAUUAGUAACUCUCUCUUUGGGCUUCAAUGGAUCUGCAACACUGACAAAUUUGCAAAACGCCCAAGAUUUGUCUCCAAAUUAUGCAGGCUCUCUUUAUGGAAUCGCAAACUUCUUCGGUACAACAAGCGGAUUUCUUUCACCGAUGGUUGUUGCUCAUUUCACUGCUGAACAAAGUACUUUUGAGCAAUGGUCUAAAAUUUUUUGGAUCGGAGGCGGAGUUUACAUCAUUCCUGCGAUUAUUUUCAUGAUUUUUGGCUCCGGAGAAGUGCAAAAAUGGAAUGACUUGAGUGAAAGCAGAGAAAAAGACAAGAAAAUUAUUGAACGGUAUACGAAAACGGUGUGAUAUUACUCUAACUUCAUCUUAGUUAACUAGUCAAGAAGUUAUUAAGUUAAGAAAUAUAAUAAUAAAAAUU